AUGGCAGACCUGGGUUGCAAAAAGCCCACUGACUGCACCAUCUCCAGGCUGCUCAGCGUCGUGGAGAGUGAACUCCGGGCAGGGAGAGACAAAGGUGACCCCACUGAGAAGCAGCUUCAGGUUGUCUUAGAGGAUGCUACCCUCUGGCAGAGAUUCAGAGAAGUCACCAACGAGAUGAUUGUGACCAAGAAUGGCAGGCGCAUGUUCCCUGUUUUGAAGAUCAGCGUAUCAGGCUUGGACCCCAACGCCAUGUAUUCUUUCCUGUUAGACUUUGCCCCGACUGAUGGCCACCGCUGGAAGUACGUCAAUGGAGAAUGGGUGCCAGCUGGGAAACCGGAGCCACGAAACCACAGCUGUGUCUACAUCCACCCAGAUUCUCCCAACUUUGGGGCCCACUGGAUGAAAGCUGCCAUCUCCUUCAGCAAGGUCAAACUUACCAACAAGCUCAAUGGGAGUGGGCAGAUAAUGUUGAACUCCCUGCAUAAAUACGAGCCUCAAGUACAUAUAGUUCGUGUAGGAGGCCCCCACCGGAUGGUGAUGAACUGUUCCUUCCCUGAGACUCAGUUCAUAGCUGUGACUGCCUAUCAAAAUGAAGAGAUAACAGCUCUCAAAAUCAAGUAUAAUCCCUUUGCCAAAGCCUUCCUGGAUGCAAAAGAAAGAAACCAUCCCAAGGAUGCACCAGAAGCAGUCUCUGAAGGUCAACAUAUGACGUACUCUCACUCUCCACACGCUCCCCAUAGCUGUGAGCGAUAUUCAGCACUGCGAGGGCAUCGGGCUGCUCCAUACCCACCUUCCUACAUGCAAAGAAAUCAUUCACCUACAGUGAAUAUUUUGGAGAGCUCCAGCAAUAAUCUUCAGGUAUUCUCAGGACAUGACAGCUGGACUUUACCAUCCUCUCCACAUGCUAAUUUGCUCUCCGUGCCACACACCAAGGGAGCUGCCAGCCCAGGGCCCAGCCAUUACCCUUGCCUGUGGUCAGUGAGCAGCAGUGCUGUAAGUGUCACCAACCCAGGAAGUGAGGUGAACAGCAACACUUCAAGCAUGUUUUUAAGGGGUAAUGUACCCUUACCAACUGCAUCUUCAUCCGUCCAAAUCCCUCUGCAGGCAACUGCGUCUGGCAGCAUGGAAACACAAGGGGAAGCCCCUCUAGUCAGACUUGUCGACUCUGCGUGGACGUCCUCACACUCCUUUUAAUGGACAGGCAGCUCAAAAGGAAAGCUCAGCCAAACAAGAGAGAAACA